CGAAGGCCCGCACGGAGUAGUACCGGAUCGGCCCAUCCGCCACGAGAUCAUCCUCGAGGACGGGGCUGUACCUCCGCGUGGUUGCAUCUACCGAAUGAGCGAGGAAGAGCUAAGUGUGCUACGGACACAACUCGACGACCUUCUUGAGAAAGGCUGGAUUCGGCCGAGCUCCUCGCCAUACGGUGCUCCCGUUCUCUUCGUCCGGGAGAAGAACAAGGAUCUGCGGUUGUGCAUCGAUUAUCGCAAGCUCAGCGUGCAAACGGUCAAGAACGUUGACCCUCUUCCACGCAUCGACGACCUCCUCGAACGGCUGGGCGGCGCCAAGUUCUUCUCCAAGCUAGACCUCAAAUCGGGAUAUCACCAACUCGAGAUCCGGCAGGAGGACCGCUACAAGACCGCGUCUAAGACGCGAUAUGGGCAUUUCGAAUGGCUGGUUAUGUCGUUUGGCCUUACGAAUGCCCCAAGCACUUUCCAAGCGGCUAUGACAACGGAGUUCCGACACAUGCUGGAUCGAUGCGUACUUAUCUACCUCGACGACAUUUUGGUGUACAGUCGGAGUUUGGACGAGCAUGUGGAGCACCUGCGCACCGUUUUGGAGCGGCUACGACAAGCCAAGUACAAAUCCAACCGUGACAAAUGCAAAUUCGCGCGGCAAGAGCUGGAGUACUUGGGACAUUACGUGACGCCGCAAAGCAUCCGUCCGCUUGCGGACAAGAUCGAGGCCAUCCGCGUAUGGCCUAAGCCCACCAACACCACGGACGUCCGUUCAUGCAUGGGGUUGGCGGGCUACUAUCAGCGAUUCAUCACCGGGUACUCAAGGAUUGCUGCACCUAUGACGAGAUUACAAUCGCCAAAGGUACCGUUCGUAUUCGAUGACGACGCACGCCGGUCAUUCCAAGCAUUCAAGACGGCCAUGCUCAUGGCACCCGUCCUUAACAUCUAAGACCCCACCCUGCCAACGAGAGUGACAACCGACGCUUCCGGCUAUGGCAUUG